UGACAGUUACCGUCCACUCGGGAUUUCAGAGGCGGAGUGAGAUCUUGCUGCCCACUUUCUCGUCCCUUUUCGUGGUUAAACUCGAGAACGAGGCGUGCUGACAGCGGUGACCCUGGUUACCAGGUUUAUGUUUGAAAAAUCACAAAAGCGACGGACAGGAAGACUGCACUUUGUUGCCCACAUACCAACAUGGAGUUUAGAAAAUCCUUAGCACUGUAGGAAACAGUACAUUGUUAUUAAAACGACUGGGUAGUGAAUCACGAUUCCCUGCGUGCAAGAACAAACCUGCUGAAUCCCAAGUACCGAUAAAAGCCUGUGAUGUUGUCCAUAUUCUACUUUGAAAAAAAAGUGAGGAUUUACUCAAGGAAAGCAGAAAUGGAGGCUGAGGAGUUAAGUGGCAAAGAAUUGACAAUUGAUUCCAUAAUGACCAAAGUAAGAGAUAUAAAAAAUAAAUUUAAAAAUGAAGACUUAACGGAUGAGCUAAGCUUGAAUAAAAUCUCUGCUGAUACUACAGAUAACUCAGGAACUGUUAACCAAAUUAUGUUGAUGGCAAAUAAUCCAGAGGACUGGUUGAAUUUCUUGCUCAAACUAGAGAAAAAUAGUGUCCCCCUAAAUGAUGCUCUUUUAAAUAAAUUGAUUGGUCGUUAUAGUCAAGCAAUUGAAGCACUUCCUCCAGAUAAAUAUGGCCAAAAUGAGAGUUUUGCUCGAAUUCAAGUGAGAUUUGCUGAAUUAAAAGCUAUUCAAGAGCCAGAUGAUGCCCGCGACUACUUUCAAAUGGCCAGAGCAAACUGCAAGAAAUUCGCUUUUGUACAUGUAUCUUUUGCACAGUUUGAAUUGUCACAAGGUAAUUUCAAAAAAAGUAGACAGCUUCUUCAUAAAGCUGUAGAAAGUGGAGCAGUACCAUUAGAAAUGCUGGAAAUUGCCAUCCAAAAUUUAAACCUUCAGAAAAAGCAGCUGCUUUCAGAGGAAGAAAAGAAAAGUUUAUCAGCACCUACAGUAUUAUCUGCCCAAGAAUCAUUGCCCAGCUCACAGGGACAUUUACAGAAUAGGAACACCAAUUGUGACACCAGAGGACAGGCUGCUAAAGCCAGGGUUUUGUAUGGAGAGAAUUUGCCCCCACAAGAUGCAGAAAUAAGCCAUCGAAAUCCCUUGAAACAAGCUACCAAAACUAAACGGUCAUGCCCAUUUGGAAGAGUCCCAGUUAACCUUCUGAAUAGCCCAGAUUGUAAUGAGAAAAUAGAUGGUUCAGUUGUGCCAAGUUUUACAAAAAGACAGAUCUCUGGAUCAGAAUGCAGAGAUUUAAUUGUGCCUGGAUUUAGAUCAAGUGGAAAUGAUUCCUGUGAAUUGAGAAAUUUAAAGAGUGUUCAAAACAGCCAUUCCAAGGAACCUUUGGUAUCAGAUGAAAAGAGUUGUGAACUUACUGCUGAAUCAGUAACCCUGAAGAAUAAAACUGACUCAAGUCUUCUAACUCAAUUAGAAGAAACUAAAGAACAUCAAGAACCAAAAAUUCCAGAAAGUAACCAGAAGCCUUGGCAACCUAAGAGAAAGUCAGAAUGUGUGAGUCAAAAUCCUGCUACAUUUUCAAGUCAGUGGCACAUUCCAGAGCGAACCCCAAAAGUAGAUGCAGAGCAGAAGCGUACCACUGUUGAGCAACCUGUCUUUUCAGUUUCAAAGCAGUCACCACCACUAACAGCACCUAAAUGGAUUGAUCCAAAAUCUAUUUGUAAGACGCCAAGCAACAAUACCCUGGAUGAUUACAUGAGCUGUUUUAGAACUCCAGUUGUAAAGAACGACUUUGCACCUGCUCGUCAGUUGUCAACACCGUAUAGCCAAGUUGCCUACUUCCAGCAGCAGCAGCAAAUACCCGCUACUCCACUUCAGAAUUUACAGGUUUCAGCAUCCUCUUCAACAAAUGAAUGUAUUUCAGUUAAAGGAAGAAUUUAUUCCAUAUUAAAGCAGAUAGGAAGUGGAGGUUCAAGUAAGGUAUUUCAGGUACUGAAUGAAAAGAAACAGAUACAUGCUAUAAAAUAUGUAAGCUUAGAAGAAGCAGAUAACCAAACUGUGGAGAGUUACCGGAACGAAAUAGCUUAUUUGAAUAAGCUACAGCAACACAGUGAUAAGAUCAUCCGACUUUAUGAUUAUGAAAUCACAGACCAGUACAUCUACAUGGUAAUGGAAUGUGGAAAUAUUGAUCUUAAUAGUUGGCUUAAAAAGAAAAAAUCCAUUAAUCCAUGGGAACGCAAAAGCUACUGGAAAAAUAUGUUGGAGGCAGUACACACAAUCCAUCAACAUGGCAUUGUUCACAGUGAUCUGAAACCUGCUAACUUUCUGAUAGUUGACGGAAUGCUAAAGCUAAUUGAUUUUGGAAUUGCAAACCAAAUGCAACCAGAUACAACAAGUAUUGUUAAAGAUUCUCAGGUUGGCACAAUUAAUUAUAUGCCACCAGAAGCCAUCAAAGAUAUGUCUUCCUCAAGAGAGAAUGGGAAAUCCAAAUCAAAGAUAAGCCCAAAAAGUGAUGUUUGGUCCUUAGGAUGCAUCUUGUACUAUAUGACUUAUGGCAAAACACCAUUUCAGCAUAUAAUUAAUCAGAUUUCCAAAUUACAUGCCAUAAUUGAUCCCAAUCAUGAAAUUGAAUUUCCUGAUAUUCCAGAGAAAGAUCUUCAAGAUGUGUUAAAGCGUUGCUUAAUAAGGGACCCUAAACUGAGGAUAUCGAUUCCUGAGCUCCUGGCACAUCCAUAUGUUCAAAUUCAAGCUCAUCCAGGUAACCAAAUUGCUAAGGGAACAUCUGAUGAAAUGAAAAAUAUUCUGGGCCAACUUGUUGGUCUGAAUUCUCCUAACUCCAUUUUGAAAGCUGCUAAAACUUUAUACGAGCACUAUAGUUGUGGUGAAAGUCAUGAUUCUUCAUCAUCCAACGCUUCUGAAAGAAAUUAGAAAAAAGAUGAUAUGCUAACUGUCACAUAACACUAUAGAAGGUACCAGACUGUUAUUCUCUUGAUUAUCUGUGGAAAUCUGCUCUUGAAAACAACUUCACUCUGAAGUGUCACCAGUGGAAAACUUCAGUAGGUUAUCCUCAAAAGAAAACUGUAAAAAUAACUACCACUGUAUAUAUUAAAUUGUAGAAUUGUUUCUUGUUGUAAUGCUUUCCUGUAAAUCUAAUAUAUUUGACAGUAUUUCACACUUGGAAUAGUGGGUGGUCAACUGAAAUAUACUCUGAAGAACUAUGUAAAUAAAUUUUUGCAGCAUAAAUGACACUAAAUUUCAAAGUUGUAAAAUUAUUUUUCUUCAGGCAUACAUAUUGUUGGCAUGGCAACACAAUUCUUUAUUAAUAAAAAUUGGAUUAAGAGAAGACAUGGGAGUGGAUCUUGGUAAAUGAACUUUGGAGGAAAAAAAUCCCAAAAGAUUUGAGUUCUUAUAAUUUCUAAGUACUUACAGCACUGGUGCAGUCAAUACUUGUGCAUCUGUACUUGGUUCUCUCAUUUCCCCCUUUGAUUCUUUGUACUCUCCAUUGUUUUCUGUGCUUAGAGGACCAUACUGUAUUCUGUGGUAUAAAUUGUAUGCCAUGCCCUCAGUGUGUACCUUGCCUGGAAAUGGGUAAUUACAAACUUGGCCUCAGAGACAGUUGGCUGAAUCUAGUAGCUUAGUUGAAAUUGUGGGGAAAGCAUCCCUCAUCCAAAAAUCUGACAAGCAAAAUGCUCCAAAGUCUAAAACAUUUUGAAUGCUGACCUAAGGCUACAGGUGGUGUGCACACUGGAAACAUUGUAUAAAAAUUAUCUUAAGGCUAUGUGUAUAAGGUGUAUAUGAAACAUAGAUUGACUUUGUAUUUAGGCUUAGAUCCUAUCCCUAAAAUAUCUUACUUGUAUAUAUGGAUAUAUGAAUAUAGUCCAACAUUCAAAAAAUCCAAAACAUUUCUAGUCCCAAGCAUUUCAGAUAGAAAACUCAACUUGUAUCAUCAUAUAGUAUUUUCCCAAUUUAAAAAAAAAUUUUAAUUGACUUUAUUUUUUAGAGCAGCUUUAGAUUUAUCACAAAAUUAAGCAAAAAGUAUAAAGAGCUCAAUUCUCAUGUAUCCCAUGCCCCACCCACGUACAAUCUGUUUGACUAUGAGCAUUCCCAAGGUCAGUGUCCCACACUGUAAUGGCAUACUUGUCAUAAUCCAUGACCCUAUGUUAAUAUGUCAUUAUCACCCAAAGUCUAUAGUUUAUUUUAAGCUUCACCCUUGGUAUUGUAUAUUCUAUGGUUUUAACAAAUAUGCAAUGACAUCAGUCUAUCGUAAUACCAUACAAAAUAGUUUCACUGCCCUGAAAAUCCUCUGUUCUCUGCCUAUUCAUCCCAUUCUCCUCCCAACCCCUGGCAAUCACUGAUGUUUUUACUGUCUCCAUAGUUUAUCUUUUUCAGAAUGCCAUAUAUGUGAAAUGAAACAGUAUGUAGCCUUUUAAGGUUCCUCUAGAUCUUUUUCAUGGCUUUAUAGCUCAUUUCUUUUUAGUACUGAUGUGUGUUGCAUUGUUUGUAUGUUCCACAAUAUAUAUAAAUAUGUAUUUCCAUUCACAUACUGAAAGACAUCUGGAUUGCUUACAGGUUUUGUCAGUUGUGAAUAAAGCUGCUUAAACAUU